AUGGCUUCUAAGCUUCCUUCACUAACCUUCUUGCUUGUAUUAGUGGUUGCAGCUUUGUAUACACCACAGACCUUCUCAUCGAAAGGCGGCCCGGCGCAAGAAGGAUUCCGGCUUGGUCUAAAACAUGUAGAUGAAGGAAGAAAUUUCACUAAACUUGAACUUCUCCAACGCGCAAUUAAACGUGGAAAGCUUAGAUUGGAGAGGUUAAGUACAAUGGUUAAGACUACAAAGACUACAACUGAUGUAAUUCAAACUCCAGUAUUACCAGGUGAGGGUGAUUUUCUAAUUCAUUUAUCUAUUGGAACUCCACCAGUAAAUUUUGAUGCAAUUAUGGAUACUGGAAGUGAUUUGAUUUGGACACAAUGUAAGCCUUGCAUAAAUUGUUACAAGCAAAACACACCAAUUCUUGAUCCAAAUACAUCUUCAUCAUUCUCCAAACUAUCAUGUUCUAGUAAAUUUUGUGAAGCUCUUAGUGCUUCGGCGUGCGCCGAUGAUGGAUGUGAGUAUCAGUACGCGUACGGUGAUUCGUCGUCGACUCAAGGUGUUAUGGCAACUGAAACCCUAACUUUUGAGGGUAAACCUAAAAUUACUAUCCCUAAUAUUGCUUUUGGAUGUGGUGAGGAUAAUGAAGGAGAUGGAUUUAAACAAGGACAAGGACUAAUGGGUCUUGGAAGAGGUCCUUUAUCACUUGUUUCACAAUUAGGCUAUGGAAAAUUUGCUUAUUGUCUUGGUUCUAUUGAAAGUUCAAGUAGUAAUCUUGUUCUUGGAUCUUUUCCUAGCUUAGAUAAAACAAGUGAUUCAGUUUUACCUACACCUUUGAGUCAAAAUCCAUCUCAACAAACAUUCUAUUAUAUAUCACUUGAAGGGAUUACUGUUGGAGACACUCUAUUAUCCAUUCCAAAUACUACUUUUACAAUUAAAGAAGAUGGAAGUGGAGGAAUGAUUGUAGAUUCUGGUACUACAUUGACAUACUUAGAAGAAAAUGGUUAUAAAUUAGUGAGGAAAGCUUUCAUAUCUGGGAUUAAACUUCCGGUAUCGGAUAUCGAUUCGGGACUUGAUUUGUGUUUCGAUAUGCCUAAUGAGACUGAUAUAGAGGUUCCCAAAUUGAUAUUUCACUUCACAGGUUCUGAUUUGAUACUUCCAGUUGAGAAUUAUUUAAUGUAUGAUUCUUCAAUGGGAUUGUUAUGCUUGAUGAUGGGGCCAUCGACCGGGUUAUCGGUGUUUGGAAAUGUUCAACAGCAGAAUUUUUUGAUCCUUCAUGAUCUGGAGAAGGAGACGAUGUCAUUUGUUCCUCAGCAGUGUGAUUGAGUUUUAGGGUUUCAUGAUUUAAUUUUACUGUCUCUGUUGGUUUGUGUUGUCUUUUUAGAGG